UCCACGAGCUCUCAAGUUACGCACACGAAGUUAAGCGCAACAGCGACUUGAUGCUACAAUUUCGUUGAAGUAGGAAAACGGAUAUUUUAAGAAGAGUCUCGGUUUCUCUUGGAGAUCAAAGGAAACACUUAUCGGAACGAACGGAGCAAACUGCAACACUGGCGGCAGUGAAGUGCAGAAACGGGUUUUUGGAAUUUCUUUAAAAAUCAGGUAUACAUUAUGAGGUGCAGCCAUGGCAGGCAAGGGUAAGACUGCUGUGAAGACGCUGGAGGAUUUAACGUUAGAUUCCGGUUAUGGUGGAGCGGCGGACUCCUUCAGGUCGUCCAGCGUGUCUCUGUGCUGCUCGGACACGCAUCUCUCGUACGCGCAUGGGGGUAACUGCUGGCAUCUAACCGAAUCCAUGCACAGCAGACAUAACAGUUUGGACACAGUAAACACAGUCCUGGCGGAAGACACAGAAAUCCUGGAGUGCUCUGGUCAGUGCGCGAAAUUGCCCGAGCUGGAGGACGUGCCAUGGAACCUCGGAGAUGUGGAGAGCGCGCUCAGAAAAGAGGAAGAACUGCGAGUAGGGUGCCCGCCGAAGGAGAUCCUGGCCAAGCUUUCUGCUCUGGUGAGCCGCGCGCUGGUGAGAAUUGCCCGGGAGGCGCAACGUCUGAGCUUACGCUACGCUAAAUGCACCAAGCAUGAAAUUCAGAGCGCAAUUAAGGUGGUCCUUUCAUGGACCAUUUCUGUCAAUUGUAUUACUGCAGCGCUUAGUGCCCUGUCACUGUAUAACAUGAGCACCGGUGACAAGUUCAGUCGGGGCAAGUCAGCACGCUGUGGACUGGUCUUUUCAGUCGGGAAGUUCUUCAAGUGGAUGGUCGACAGCCGGGUGGCUUUGCGAGUCCACGAGCAUGCAGCUAUAUAUCUUACUGCUUGCAUGGAGAGUCUCUUCAGAGAAGUCUUCAGCCGUGUUCAACGUAGUGCACUGAUCGAGAAGGACAACGGAAUCCCUAAGUUUACCUUGGAGACUUUGGAGCAGGCUAUCAACAACGACUCGGAAUUAUGGGGUCUCCUGCAGCCUUACCAGCAUCUCAUUUGUGGAAAGAAUGCGACCGGUGCGCUGAGCCUGCCGGACAGCCUGAACCUGCACCGGGACCAGCAGCGUGGGGGAAAGAGUGGCGAGGCCGGCGCCUACAGCCAGGCAGAGCUGCGCACCAUCGAGCAGUCCCUGCUGGCCACGCGCGUGGGGAGCAUCGCCGAGCUCAGUGACCUAGUGUCGCGUGCCAUGCACUACCUCCAGCCACUCCACAUCAAGAACCCCAGCAGUGGCACGCCGGUGCACCAGAGUCGCGCUGCGGCCCCCGCCCCCGCCACCGCCGUCGUCACCACCGGCUCGGUGCACUGGGAGCCCGAGGCUCUCUACACGCUCUGCUACUUCAUGCACUGCCCGCAGAUAGAGUGGGAGAACCCCAACGUAGAGCCCUCCAAGGUCACCCUGCACACGGAGAGGCCGUUCCUGGUACUGCCGCCCCUGAUGGAAUGGAUCCGGGUGGCCGUGGCUCACACUGAACACCGCAGGAGUUUUUCAGUGGACAGUGACGACGUGCGGCAAGCAGCCCGACUCCUGCUGCCCGGAGUGGACUGUGAACCCCGGCAACUGAAAGCGGACGACUGCUUCUGCGCAACCAGGAAGCUGGACGCUGCCUCCACGGAGGCCAAGUUCCUCCAGGAUCUGGGGUUCCGAAUGCUCAACUGCGGCAGGACAGACCUGGUCAAGCAGGCAGUGAACCUGCUUGGGCCCGACGGUAUCAACAGUAUGAGUGAGCAGGGAAUGACCCCACUCAUGUAUGCUUGUGUGCGCGGGGACGAGGCCAUGGUGCAAAUGUUGCUGGACGCUGGAGCCGACAUCAACAGCCAGGUGCCCAGCACAGUACACAAGCACCCCUCAGUUUACCCCGAAACCAGGCAGGGGACUUCACUCACAUUUGCUGUGUUACAUGGACACGCCCCUGUCGUGCAGCUGCUGCUGGACGCGCGGGCCAGCGCGGAGGGGGCCCUGCAGGAGGGCGCGGAGAACUACGCUGAGACCCCGCUACAGCUGGCCUCGGCCGCAGGGAACUUUGAGCUGGUGAGCUUGCUGCUGGAGAGAGGAGCAGACCCGUUCAUUGGCACCAUGUAUCGCAACGGAAUCACCUCUACCCCUCUGGGGGACAUGAACUCUUACAGUCUAGCAGCAGCACAUGGACACAGGAAUGUAUUCAGGAAGCUUCUGUCGCAGGCGGACAAGGACAAAGGCGACGUGCUGUCCCUAGAGGAGAUCUUGGCGGAGGGCUCAGAGGCCGGCCAGAGCCAGGUCCAGGGACAGGUCCAGGGACAGGUCCAGAAGCGGCCACCCCAGCCGGAGAGCACGGGAUCCUUGCGCAUCGGGAAAGCCAAGAUGCGGGCACUGCGUGAGGCCAUGUACCACAGCGCCGAGCACAGCCACGUGGACAUCACCAUCGAUAUCCGCAGCCUGGGUGUGCCGUGGACACUGCACACCUGGCUGGAGACUCUGCGCACCUGCUUCCAGCAGCACCGGCGGCCGCUGAUCCAGGGCCUGCUGAAGGACUUCAGCUGCAUCCAGGAGGACGAGUACACCGAGGAGCUCAUCACCCACGGCCUGCCACUCAUGUUCGAGAUCCUCCGGACCAGCAAGCAGAAUGAGGUGAUCAGCCAGCAGCUGUCGGUGAUCUUCACACAGUGCUAUGGGCCCUUCCCCAUCCCCAAACUCACAGAGAUCAAGAGGAAGCAGACAUCACGCCUUGAUCCUCACUUUCUCAACAACAAAGAGAUGUCAGAUGUGACUUUCCUGGUGGAGGGGAAGCCAUUUUAUGCCCACAAAGUGCUACUCUUCACUGCUUCAACCAGAUUUAAGUCUCUGCUUGCCAACCGGCCUGCCUCAGAGAACACCUGCAUUGAAAUUAGUCAUGUCAAGUACAAUAUUUUUCAGUUGGUGAUGCAGUACCUGUACUGUGGAGGAACUGAAUCUCUGCACAUCAGGAACACGGAGAUCAUGGAGCUCCUGUCUGCAGCCAAGUUCUUCCAACUCGAGGCCCUCCAACGUCACUGUGAGAUCAUCUGUUCCAAGAACAUAACCAUAGAGACAUGUGUGGACAUAUACAAACAUGCCAAGUUCCUGGGUGCGAGCGAGCUAGCAGCGUUCAUCGAGGGCUACUUCCUGAAGAACAUGGUGCUCCUGAUCGAGCUGGAGGGCUUCAAGCAGCUCCUGUACGAGGUGGCGGCCGAGAGCCCGGGCUCUGGCCCCGCGUACGACGUGCUCCACGAACUGGAGAAGACCCUCGCCACGCGCAUCCACUCCAUCCACCUCUCCUCCUCCAAGGGCUCAGUGGUGUGAGGCUCUCCAUCGCCCCCACAUGGUAGCAGCGGUAAACGCCUUCACUGAAUGACCCCACUUUGCAAAACCACUCCAAGUCCCCCCAAGGAGCCCCCGCCGAAAGGGCUGUGUGACAUAACAUUCCAACAACAUCCCCACAAUGCUGUGGUGACAUAUAUCUGUUCCGCGUAAGCCCUACAUGGAAGCAGAGAAAGUCGCCAGAGAGAAAGAGAGAGAGAGAGAGAAAGAGAACUCAUGUCUCUACCAACUCGUAUCUCCAAAAGCACUGUUGUAGGGCUAUGUAUGAGUUACACUUAGUUUUAUAUCAUUAGCAGUUUACGCAUUGUGGAGUUUCACAUGGUCUGAAUAUUACAUGUAGCUUUGGUCCCAAUGAUUCGAGACUAUAGUGGACUAAUUCUAGAUGAAAUAUGAUUCUUUAUUGCAGUUUUCAAUCUUGUUACUAGUUACUUGCAGCAUGACAGGUAAGGUAUCUACAACAAAAUGAAAAUAAAACAUGGUCACUGGAUCUACAUGAACUUAAGUCAUCAUAAAACCAGUUUUGUCAAAGUCAAGGUAUUAAAAGAAGAUAUUAGUAUUUUGUGUCUAUUUAUAACACCCACAGAAAACAUGACAGUGGCGGAUAGAUGUUUCAUUUUUAUACCCAAAUUGUCCACAAACUUAUAUGAUUUCUUUGUGGUUCACAAGCUUGUCAUGCAGUACGUAUCAUUCGUUUAAGUUUUUUGCCAAGUUUUAACUGGAUCCAGACACCUGUGUUUGUUAGUUCCUCCAUUCUUUAAUCUUAGCCUAGUUGGAAAUCGGUCAAUGAUGUCAAUAACUUGCAUGAAAACACAAUACUGCAUUGACUUCUGCAAUGCAUUAGUGCUAUCAAGUAAAUGCAAAUUUACUUUCUCUGUCAUUACAAACACUGUCUGUACACUGAAAACUGUGACCCUGGAUUUCAACCCCUCUAUGUGUUGGCGGAGUUCAGCACAUUGAGAUAGGACAUGGAACUGGACGAGAUCUUCUGUAGCCGUACAUCCAGCAGCCUAUUUGCAAGUGCUUGGACAUUUCCUCUCCUCUAGCCUGCUGCUUCCAGUGGAUAUGGUGCCAGCCAAUAAAACUUUUAAAUGUUGUACGAUCGUGCAGUUCUGUCCCUGCAGUUGCAUGUCAGGCUCCUAUUAUUGUUUCUUUUUAUUUCAUUUUUUAAAACAUUUGUUGUCUCUUUGUGUGUGUUUAGCUUAGUCUCAGUCUCCUGUUAAAGAGUAGUUCACUCCAAAAGGAAUGUCUUGUUCCACACCCUUUUUAUUUCAAUGUCAGUAGCAAUGGUGAUUUUCAAAGGCUAGAGAGGACAAAAGACCAACCACUAAAAGAAGGGAACAACACUAGUUUUUUUUUACCAGCACAGGGUGAAUUGACAAGAGAAUUUUCAUUUUGUGGUGAACUAUCCCUUUACAUGUAGUACUGACAGCAAGUGGUUUCUGUCAGAGGGAAGACAAGCAAAACAGAAGUACUUCAUGUAAGACCCCCCCCCCCCCCCAAUCUGUUGUUCUCUGCUUCUAUCCUCAUCAACUAAACGCCCCCCCCCCCCCCCCCCCCCCCCCGUCCCCGUCCCCGUCCCAGUGGAUUUCCAUGUAGAUACCUGUACGAUAACACUGUUGAUUCUUCAUAGAACAUUAUUGCUUGUUGUCUCAUCCAGUGCAAUCCUAAAUGUAACAAAUUUAAAUAUAUGUUUCUGUGAAAACUCAUUUGAAAUGAUAUCAAAGAUUUAUUUAGUUCAUAUAUUACAUUGAACUAUAAAGAAUAGAAUAAGUUUGUGGAGUGCUAUUCCAUUGGACAGGUUUGUAUGUUACAGUUGUUUAAUGUGCAAUUGUGGCAGGCAAACCACAACCAGUAGUUCACAACAUCCUUAAGAUGUACUCAUGAUAGAAAACUGUGAAACUAUUUUAUUUUUUAGCAUUCACAAUAUGAAUUUAUUUUCUUACAAUAUUCAUCUUUAUUUUUAAUGCCUCAAAGAUACACAGAGUAGAGAAAAGUAUAUAUGUAUGAUUCAGAAACAGCCUCCUUUAUUGAGAGGUCACGGACAAGGACCCAGAGAUAUAUGAAAGUUACGGCAGGGUGCAAAGAGAUGUCUAUAUAAGUCCAGCCUAUGUAAGGAUUAGAGUAUAGUGAAUAUUGAUAUAAGUCAAAGGGUAAUGCAAGUGAUACAUUUUCAUGGAUUGACGUCAAAUAGAAUGCCUUCAUUCAAGGGUCUGCUUUUCCUUUCUCGUUUUUUUCCAUAUGUACAUUCACAACUAUGUACAACCAUACAAUGACUGUGUCGCUGAUCGAGUUCAGUUUUGUCAUGCCUGGAAAGAAACUUGCUAAGUCCUGCUAUUGAAGAGAGAUAGCUUUUUGUGUCAUGGCUUUUCUACUCUGUAUGCCUGGGCUAGUACACUGAAACCUGCUUAAUAAAUGCAACCUAAUUGAAUCACUGAUUUGCUUUGACCAGCACCCCUUGAUGUCUCUGUUAGACAAACAUGCAUGUUUUCUCCAAGUCUGUAGAACUAUGGGAUACAUUUGCUACAUUUAAUUAUUUAAACUGUACAUUGUACAAAAAUAUAUACAUAAAUAUAUGAUGUACUACAUGUAAAUAUCAGGGAUGUGGCUGAGUUUAUUAACAGGGAAAAAGAAUGUUAUUCUUGUGCUACAGUGCAGUUGUUGACUGACAUGCAUUUGUGUACAGAAAAAUAAAAUGACCACAGUUUAAAUCA